UUGUUUCCCUCUGCAGACAACAAUCAGACACGUGUUAAUUAAUGUCAAAUCUUGUGAAAUAAUUUAAUAUACAUAUUCUAUUAUAAUAAGAAGAGCAUGUGGAAACUUUUGAUUCUCCUGCUGUUAGGCCUUGGUGAUGUGACAGUCUCUGUGAGCGUUCAGCCUGGACUGGAGACGCCUUUAGAUGUGAUCGUCGUAGGAGGGGGGAUAGCAGGCAUGGCAGCCGCCAGAAAGCUAACCAAUACUCCUGAAAAGUAUUCUGUCAAGGUCCUUGAAGCUUGCAAGAAUAGAUAUGGUGGGCGUGUGUAUACAGACAGAAAAGGGAGUGUGAGGGGUGUGGAGGGAGAUCUUGGAGCUAGUUUCUUGAAUUCCGGAGUCCCAAACAACCCUCUCCUGGAGUUAACAAAAUCCUUGGAGAUUGCUGUUGAGUCAACUGGAUUUGUACAGCUGUAUGCCCCAAGUCAGAAUAAAGUGUUCACUCCAGAGGAAACCACUCACGUCUUCUCAGAACUGCUCUCGGUGGUACGGAAAGCAGUAGAAAAGGCAUUUAUAAAAGGAGAUGAUCGCCCCCUUCCUGAAGCUGUCAAGGAGGAGUUGUCUUCCUUUGACACUGAUGUAGACAAGUCAGUGCUGGCUGGACUUGUAUCCUCCCAUUAUGCUUUGUCUGAGAGGAACUUCUCUACGGCCAUGUUUCGACCAGAGAAAGACUUUGGCUGGAACAAAGUAGUUGUUGAUGGAUUUGACCAAAUUGUUGAUGGUAUUGUCAGUGGUGAAGGGACAGAAUUUCCAAUACUUGUUGAACUUGAAGCCAUAGUACGUCAUAUCACAUACGACAAGAGAACAAAAAAGUAUAAGGUUCGGACAUUUAAUCGGGAACAAUAUGAGGCAGAUAUUGUGAUAGUUGCAGUACCACUGGGAAUUCUACAGAAGGGGGAAAUUGUGUUUGGAGAACCUCAGAAAAAGAGUACAAGUUCUGUUGCUAAUAUGCCAGACACAUGGCAUGAUACCAUUAGAAACAAAUUAGGAGUAAGUUUCUCCAACAAACUUGUGGUGGAGUUUGAUGACAUCUUCUGGCCACCAGAUGUAGGUGUUUUCACCAUGGCAACAGAUAAUGAAAAAGAGGCUGGUAUUCUUCAGACCUGGAUCAAUCUUCACAGACUCAUAAAUAAACCAGUGUUGAUGGGAAGUAUUGGGGGACCUAUUGCACAAACUUUUGAGAGCUGGACAGAUGAUGAAGUUAAAAGCAAAGUUAAGGCAAACCUAGAAAAGUUUUUUGGAGCACAAGUACAGAAUAGAACUAUCAAACGGAUAAAAAGGUCUGCCUGGCAGGAAAAUGAAAAUAGCGGAGGGGCCCUAACUUUUCCAAGAGUAGGGACUACAGCAGAACAACUGAAGAUUUUAUCAGAACCACGCUGUCCCGGCCUUUACUUUGCUGGAGAAUACACUAUUGUGGAGCACAUGAAUACGGCUCAUGGCGCUUAUAUGUCAGGUAUCAGGGCAGCAGAGCAGGUCAUGUCAGGGUACUGCCAACAAAGGGAGGAAGAGAAGAAGAAAACAGAGAAGAAGAAAAGGAAGAAGUCAGAGAAGAGAGAAGAAGAGGAGGAAGAGGAUACUGAUAGUGAGGAAGAAAAAGAAGUUCCUGUUAAACCAAAGAAAAGUAAGGAGCGGAUCAUACUGUCUGAGGAGCGGAGGAAGAAGGCCCAGGAGAGAGAUGAACUGUAAAAGUUGUGUUGAA